UGGUCAUUGGCAACUGUGAGGUAGAAAACGAAUAAAAUGUGGGGGAAAGAAAACCAUGUUCAAAGUUUGAAGCAAAGAAAGAAGAGAAUAUAAUAAUAUAAGAAGAGACCUUUAAGCCUUUUCUAUAGUUUUCGUUCAUCGUUACCAUACCUUUUUGUAUGUUUUCACCGUAGAGGAAAUUAUAAUUUUUUUUUUUGCUCUAUGUGAAAGUGUUUCGUGUUCAAGGGUUGAAACCUUUUUUGAUUUUAACCCUUUAAACUGCUGCAAAGAGCCUUCUUUUGUGGUUUUUCUUUUUGAGGCUGAGAGAAGGCUCUUGCGUGUUCGAAUUUCUUUUUUUUCGUGUUUGGGGAGUUUGUUGUUGUUGUUGUUGAUUGUGCAAAAGAUGUUCAGAUUAUGGAUUACUUAUCUGCAAUUGGUGGAGCUUUUUGUGAGUUCGUUGGUUCAUUUGCUUUAUGGGUUUUACAUAUUUAGCUCAGCUGUUGCCGGAGAUCUGUCACAGGCUCUCAAUGAAUAUUUUCACAAGCCUAACGUGAAUGUCGAGGUCAAAGAGAAAAAAAUGACCAAGGGAGAAAGUGAAGCCAAUGCCCAGGAUCUGCCUCCUAUUGUGUUGGUUCAUGGGAUUUUUGGAUUUGGCAAAGGGAGAUUGGGUAGUUUAUCAUACUUUGCUGGGGCAGAGAAGAAAGAUGAAAGGGUUCUUGUCCCUGAUUUGGGGUCUUUAACCAGUAUCUAUGAUAGGGCUCGAGAACUGUUCUAUUAUUUAAAAGGUGGCCAAGUUGAUUACGGUGAAGAGCACAGCAAAGCUUGCGGACACUCGCAGUUUGGACGAACCUAUGAACAAGGGCACUACCCAGAGUGGGACGAGGAUCACCCUAUUCAUUUUGUUGGGCACUCAGCUGGAGCACAGGUUGUUCGUGUCUUGCAACAAAUGCUUGCUGAUAAGGCAUUCAAGGGGUAUGAAAACACUUCAGAGAACUGGGUAUUAAGCAUCACCGCCUUAUCAGGAGCAUUUAAUGGGACUACAAGAACCUACUUAGAUGGCAUGCAGCCAGAGGAUGGGAGAACAUUGAAAACUAUUUGCCUGCUACAGCUUUGCCGAAUUGGGGUGAUAAUAUAUGAUUGGUUUGACAUUCCCUGGCUGAAGAACUACUAUAAUUUUGGAUUUGAUCACUUUAACAUGUCGUGGAAAAAGGUGGGCAUAUGGGGUCUUGUUGACUGCCUCUUGGGGAAUGCAGGUCCAUUUGCUUCAGAAGAUUGGAUCCUCCCUGAUCUUACAAUUCAAGGGUCUAUAAGAAUCAACUACCAUCUACAUACAUUUCCAAACACAUACUACUUCAGCUACGCUACCAAACAAACAAAGAAGAUCAUGGGUCUUACAGUUCCUUCAAGCAUACUUGGGAUUCACCCGUUGCUUUUCAUAAGAGUUUUGCAGAUGAGCCAGUGGCGUCAUCCUCCAGAUGUUUCUCCCCCUUAUAAAGGAUAUAGGGAUGAGGACUGGCUAGACAAUGAUGGAGCACUAAACACAAUAUCCAUGACUUAUCCUCGCCUCCCGAUUGAACACCCCAGCCGCUUGGUUGAAAAGGAUUCUGACUGCACACCCUUAGAACCUGGCAUCUGGUACUACAAGUUUGUGGAGGGUGAUCAUAUACUAUUCAUUGUUAAUCGGGAGAGGGCAGGAGUGCAGUUUGAUUUAAUCUAUGACAGUAUUUUUCAACGAUGCAGGAAACACGUCUUUAGGAAGAAGCUUCCAACAAUGCCUAAUGAAAUCCAUCACUAGCUCAACAUAUUUUCUCUCCCUUAUUCAAUUAAAAGAAAAAUAUGAAAAGAAAUAGGCCAUUCAUUUCCAUUAGAUGCCCCUUCACUUCACCUUUGUAAAUGUAAAUUUUAUCUUCUCUAAGUUUUCCCUCAUUUUUAUACCCUCCCAUUUAUGUAAUUUGUAGGAUUGUGAGAGAUAUUUGAGGCCUUAGUCAAUAGGUUGUCACAAUCACAACAGUGUACACAAUUAUCUCAAUAUUAAUAUCAGGAAAUGUUUAGGCUCCACCUGUUCCGCUGAGUUUGGGCUUUUAUGGAAAGAUGAAUCCUUGCCCCUGGUGUCACUCUCGAGUCUGCCCAACUUGAAACCUAGCUUUGCCAU